UCCAAGGCACUCACAACCAUGAACAUUACGUAUCUGAAGCUAAGUGUAGUGUAAUCCGAGCAGAAAAGGAAAUUAUUGAUUUUGGCAUAAAAGAAGAAAAGAAGUCAUUCGACAUUUGAUUUGAUUUUUGCUAAAAUUAAUUAUCUUAAUUAGACUUGAAUUAAUCUAUUAAAAUAGUGUAAGCAAAAAAGUGAACGACGGAGUGAAAAUUAAUUGUAAAGUUCCACGUGAACAAGCCUACGGGGCUUAAUAAGCCCGUCACACAGUAUGGCUGAUAGUGAAUUUGAAGAAUUCUAUCGCCCACUAUAUGAGCCACAUCUCAUAACGAACAAUAGUUCAGCGGGCAAUAAGAAAAACAAUCCACAAAACUUCUACUCACUCAUACCGAAUGACGAACUUGAGGAUUCUCCUUCAUCGAAAAGCGAUGCUUCCGAUCAGGAAGAUGCUGUUACUUGCGAAUCCAAAAUACAACGUCACGUUGAAGAUGAUGAAAUCGGCGAUGGCUUAAAGGUUGUUUCAUUAUCUUCUGAUGGUUCAUUGGAUACAAAUGACUCAUUUAACUCACAUCGUCAUCAUCCAUUAAGUCAUCAGGAUGCGAUUGGUGGUAUUGGUGCUAAUAACAAUCCAUUGGAGACCCAACAGUUAUUGUCACCAAACACAGCUGCUGCACAACAGCAACAGAGAAGGAGACGAAAAUUACCGGAGAUACCAAAGAACAAGAAAUCUUCCAUUCUACAUCUUUUAGGUAGUGGUUACGGACAAAGCACACUAGCAGAUGAGAUGACACGCGGACGCAGUCUAAACGAUAACUUCAUUUUGGGUAAUGGUCUUAAUAACACCGGUCUAAGACAAAAUCAACGUUCGUUUCUAACACUCAAAUGCGGCUAUUUGCUUGAUGAGGACUCAAGUCCUGACUCAGAACGUUUACAGAGUUUAGGUGAUGUUGACAGUGGUCAUAGCACUGCACAUUCCCCUAAUGAUUUUAAAAGUAUGUCACCACAAAUAACAUCCCCCGUUUCUCAGUCACCAUUUUCACAACCCUUCGGUGGCAUACCCUUUGCACAGCUGGAGAUGUUGGAAGCUACACAUCGUGGUCUGCACAAAUUCAUACCACGUCAUCAUGAUGAAAUCGAAAUUGAAAUAGGGGAUGCUAUAUACGUGCAAAAGGAAGCCGAUGAUUUAUGGUGUGAAGGUGUUAACUUACGUACCGGUAGACAGGGUAUAUUUCCCUCGGCGUAUGCUGUUGAUCUUGAUUACAAUGAGUUCGAUCCAACUGUGCAACAAGUUAAAAAAGAACGUUAUCUGCUGGGUUAUUUGGGUUCAGUAGAGACAUUGGCUCAUAAAGGUACCGGUGUGGUUUGUCAAGCAGUGCGUAAAAUUGUAGGUGAAUAUGGUAACUCACCAUCAGGUCAAGUAUGCAUUUUAGAAGUAUCUGAUCAAGGUCUACGCAUGGUGGAUCGUUCUGGACCGAAUAAUAAAAAGGAAAAGAAACCCUGCAUAGAUUAUUUCUAUUCAUUGAAAAAUGUAUCAUUUUGUGCAUUUCAUCCCCGUGAUCAUCGCUUUAUUGGCUUCAUAACAAAGCAUCCAACUGUGCAGCGUUUUGCUUGUCAUGUCUUCAAGGGGUCUGAAUCGACAAGACCGGUCGCAGAAGCUGUGGGACGUGCAUUUCAACGUUUUUAUCAGAAGUUCAUAGAAACAGCUUAUCCCAUUGAGGACAUUUACAUAGAGUAAGCAAAUGGAAAAGUACUGGGAAAUGUACUGAUUUGUUUAACAAGAAUCGAGUUAAAAUCUAUUAAAGUCAAACUAUACCGUUGAAAUCAAUAAUGGAUCUACGAAAAUUUCAAUAAAAAAGUAUUAAUCUAAUAUAUACAUAUAUGCUAUAUAUACAUAUA